AUGGCGCGCUUUUUCGGCCUGCCAAAAGUCCACAAGCCAGGUGUGCCUUUACGCCCGAUCGUCUCAUUACGGGGCACCGGAACCUUUGGGCUGUCAAAGUGGUUGUACCAGCGACUUUCUUUCCUCACCAAGGAUUCGCUGUGGACAGUGAAAUCGUCUGAAAAGUUCCUUACGCGCAUUCAGUGUCUUGACGUCGAGACGGACGAGGUGAUGAUGCCAUUCGAUGUGAUCUCGUUAUUCACCUCAAUCCCACCGCUCUGGCCAUCAACACUAUCGACGGUCUUCGUCAAAAAAUAUGACGAGACCGAGCAGAAACUCAAACGAGAGCAUACCAUUGAGCUCCUUGAACUGUGUCUGAAGACAUUUUUCACAUUCGACGUCCAGGUAUACGAGCAAAGAAGGCAACACCAAUGGGCUCCCCUCUACUGGCAAACAGAAUGCCUCAACAGGACUGCCGAGCACAGGCAGUCCAAUUUUAUCUACAGCCUUCCUACAAGUGGUGGAAAGACUCUUGUGGCAGAAAUGUUGAUGCUUGCUGAACUUCUUCUGGCACACAAAAAUGUUCUCUUCAUCUUUCCCUUUGUAUCCAUUGUCCUGGAGAAGAAGCGGUCACAGAAGCCCUCCGUUUACCUUGCAACCAUUGAAAAGGCCCAUAGCAUUGUCAACAGCCUUAUUGACUUACACCGUCUAGAUGAGAUCGGUCUUGUCAUCGUGGACGAGUUGCACAUGCUGGGCGAAGGUGGAUCAAGAGGCGCAACGCUUGAGAUACUGCUUACCAAGGUGAAGGUUGUCGCGCCCAAGACACGUAUAAUUGGUAUGAGUGCCACACUUUCCAACCUCUCCGAGCUGACCGCCUUCCUUGAUGCCCAAGUCUACACCAACGACUUUCGUCCUGUUGACCUAUUCGAGUACGUCAAGGUGGAGGACCACAUCUUUCGAGUUUUGCCCGCCGACCAGACUGUGUCAACGCAUGCCGAAAGCGACGAUGAUCUCCCAGAGGGUAUCUUGCACGAAAGAGUGGUCAACUUCAAGGUCAGUUUUCUCAGUUUUCCGCUAUUUCUGACCAUCUUUAUCGAUCACGGUAGGAGACAUUCGGGUGACUACUUCUAG